AUGGAUAUACGACAAUCAAGCCCCAAACCAGAGCCGCAGACCAGCUGUCACAUCACGCUCACGGACUCCAUCUCGCAAGAGAACAAACAAGAUGCCCCAAGUACUACCGGACCGAUGUUACGACUCUCAUUAUGGGUUGCGUGUGCAGCAUGGAUUUCAAAUUUCGACAAUGGUUACGCCGGGACAGUGCUAAUUAUGCCUUCUUACAAUAAAGCAUUCGGCAGCUGCGACCAAAUCCUGGACCCGAAUACCUAUCAAAGUAUCGAGCAUUGUUCGUUGACGCCACUGAAACAAUCCCUCAUCAGUUUAAGCUACCUGUUCGUUGGAAUUGGGGGCGGGGUUGCGGGUCUGAGUGGCCAGUACAUCGGACGCAGGGGGUCAGUCCAGAUUGGAUGCGCAUUGGCCAUCAUCGGUGCAGCUGGAAUGCUUGGCACCAGUGGAAGUUUUUUGAAAUACAUGGUGUGUCGAUCGAUCAGUGCUGUAGGCAUUGGGCAGCUGAUUGCGGCCAGUGUCACGUACGGCUCCGAGUGCAUCAUCGCCAGUCAGCGGGGCCUAUCGCUGGGAUUCUACAACGUUGGCCUUGCCAUGGGAAAUGUCGCAUCAGCCGCAGUCUGUGCAGGAUCUGCCCGGCUCGAAUCAACGAAUGAUUGGCAGUGGAAAACGCCUAUCCUUUGCCAGAUCCCGUUGGGGAUUCUUCUUGGUGCGGGGAUCUUAAUGCUUCCUGAGUCGCCGCGCUGGCUCAUGGGACAUGGGCGAGAAGAGGAGGCGCGGAAAUCAUUCAGCAUGCUGUACUGCCAGAGUCCCUAUUCGCCAGACAUCACCGCGCAGAUUGACGAUAUCCGAGCACAUCUUGCAAAAGAGCGCGCAGGUGCCAAAUCUGUUUCCUGGUUUGAUAUUUACCGCAGGAAGCACAUCGUUCGCACAUUGGCAUCUGCAUUGAUUAUGAUUGGUCUUGCCAUUACGGGCAUCCAAUUUGUGCAGCCAUACGCUGCCUUGUUUCUCAAAGGAGUCGGUGUCAAAGACCCGUAUCUGAUCAACCUUAUAAUCGGAUUGUGCAUUCUUGGAGGAUCAUUCCUCGGUCCGUUCAUUGUGGAAUACGGAGGAAGGAGAGUUGCCAUUCUGUAUGGCUAUAUUGUCAUGGGUCUUUGCAUGCUCAUUCUUUCCUCUGUUAGCUCGUCCUUGGGAAUGGAUGAAACAGCACAAAUAGUGACGGUAGUCCUGCUGUGUCUAUGGGCUUUUGUUUUUGGAGGGACCAUCGCUCCGAGUGCCAGCUUGGCUGCAGUAGAGAUGCACAGCGUCUCACUUCGCACAUUUGGACAUGCCAACACAACACUAUUCUUUGGGAUAUUCUCAUUUGCUGCAAUCUUCUGGACCCCAUACAUGUUAAGCUCGGAUUAUGGAAAUAUGGGCGCCAAUGUGGGCUAUUUCUAUGCCGGGGUCACCGCUGCCAUUGCGGUUCUGAUAUUCUUCCUUGUUCCCGAGACUGCUGGGCUCACGCUGGAACAGAUUGAUGAAGUUUUCAACUCAGGCACCAAAGCAUGGAAAACAUCAAGGGCUAAGAAUAAAGCCAUUGCUUUAACCGGGCGAAACUUGGCGAGCAGAAGAAAUGAAGCCUAA